AUCUCAUUAAAAAAUAAUCUAUAACAUAUACCGUUGUCAUAGUAUGCAAUGUGAUUAUAAUAAAAAUAUAUUAGUAUAAAUAUAAAAAUAAUAAAAAAUAGAUCAUCAUAGUCCUACAAUGGCAAAAAAAACAGUGUCCACUGAUGAUAAUGUUUUAAUACUCGACGGAGGUUUACGCGGUAAGUUCAUGUUCAACACUAAGAAUGAAAUCGGAAGAGGUAAAUUUGGAAAAGUCAUCAAAGGAAGGAAUAUGUACACGUUCGAAGAAAUCGCAGUCAAAAUUGAACCCAUUGACUCUGUACAUUUGGUUAAAGAAAAACAAUACUACAAUAUGCUCAAAGUGCAUCAUCACACGAUUGAAGGGUUACUCGAAAUCUACUAUACUGGAAAUGUUGGAGUAAAAUACGUGGCCAUGGCUAUGGAGUUGUUGGGUCCAUCGAUGAGUGAGCUUUUUACGCUUUGCGGAAACAAAAUGUCACUAAAAACUGUCCUGAUGAUAGCUAAUCAAAUGUUAUCGAGAAUCGAAUACGUUCACCACCGCAAGCUGAUUCACAGAGACCUUAAACCUGAAAACAUAUCAAUAGGACGGCCGAGACAGACGUUGCCGUUCAAGGAGUCGGCGGAGGAUACGAUAUACUUAAUCGACUUUGGAAUGGCCAAACCGUACAUUGACAAGAACACCAAAAAUCACAUAAUGUAUAACACGGAAGUCGGCGUAUUUGGAACAUAUCAGUUCAUGAGCGCUAACAGUCAUUUAGGUAUAGAACAAAGUCGCAGAGACGACUUAGAAUCUCUUGGAUACGUUCUGCUGUACUUGAUAAACGGCACAUUACCUUGGAUGAAAUACUUCGAAGAAGACGAUGCCGAUGUAAAAAGUUGCGGAAAUAUGAAAAAAAAAAUUACAACGAAAACUCUUUGCGCCGAUUUACCAGAAGAGUUUUCUAAAUAUUUUGACUACGUAAAAAAAUUGGAAUUUAUCGAAACACCCGACUACGAUGUAUUGAUAGAAUUGUUUCAAACCGUUUACAAACGUGAAAAAUUUCCAGAUGACAAUUUAUUCGACUGGUCGAAUACACAAUAAUAUAUAUUAUGUACAUAGUAAGCUAUUAUAACAAUACACAGUCGCAUGGUGGCAAUGUAUCUUAAUGAGGUUAAUUAAUAUUUACUAAAUAUAAAAUAAACUUUUUGUUUUGUCCGGAUUAUAAA